ACCCAGCCGCUCGGAGCCGAGGCCGACAGCGAGCAGCCCGCCGAGCCCUUGGCCCUCAUGCCGCCCUGUGAGGGCAACGGCGGCACCGAGCCCGAGGACGAUAGCUCCGACACCCAGCCAGCUACUCAGACUGAGAUCGAUGCAACGAUGGCUGAGGCAUCGAUGGACCAAGCGUUCACCAGCCAGGUCCUGGAGGAUCCGUAUGCCGACAUGGUGGAGGUCAGCUCCGAUGAUGGCGAGGGGCAGGACUACCUCCACCAGCUCAGCAUGAAGAUUGAGGAGCAAGAGGUGGAGGACGCCGACGGGCUGCUAGACGCCUGCGCCGAGGAUAGCGAGGACGUGGAUCUGGAUUUCGCCAAGAGGGUGACGGAGGUCAGCAUGAAGAUGUAUGCGAUGAAGGAGACGGAGGUCGAGGCCUCGACAGCCGUGCCAUCGACAGCUGCGUCAUCUUGGGUAGGCGCGGAUGGUGACGUUGGUCGAGCACGCGACUUGGAGGCCAUGCUUGCGGAUGAGGCCAACAACCUGAUGAGCGCAGGUCGCGACCGUCCAGAGAGUAUGGACAAGCUCAUGGCCGACCCCCACAAGGCCACCAGCAAUGAUAGCUAG